GUGAAGCCCUGUAUUGUAUCCACAAAAGUUCUGUAGUUCGCGUGAUAAGCUUUAGAUACAUUAUAUUGUUAUUAUUACUAUUACGAUAAUUCCUUUCUUUCGGUUGGCGGAGUAACAACAAACGUUUUUUUCGUCACCGCUGAAGAACUGCCUGGUUUUAAGAAUCAAAAUCACCGUCAUCGAUACCGAUUUAAUACGUCUUGCUAGCGCUACUGACCAAAAAUGCGAGCAUUAGUUUGUCUCCCUGACAAGUAUGGAGUUAUCGGAAUCACUACUGAUUGUUGUUUGCGAUAAACCACUCGUCCAACCAUUGUGCCAAGUCUAAGUUACGUCUCGGCUCUUGAAACGCUGUUGGUGGCAUGGUUGAUAUCCUGUUGGGUUUUACUAUGGGAUGGAUUCGCCGACAUCUGAAGUGCUAUUGCUCAGUGAAGAUGACAGCGGUUUGUUGGUCAAUGGUUCGUUUUCAAACAGUUCUGCCAGUAGCAACUCCAAUAAACAUUCGCUGCAAUUCAAAUAUAAAGAAAGUGAUGAUGAGUUAUCAAUAAGUCAAGAGGAUUCUUUAAUCGAUGACUCUGAUGCAUCAUAUACACAACAGUUUAAUACAUUGAAAAAGUGUCCUAGUGUUCAAAAAUCAGAGAAUCCAAUUCAACCUCCUAUUGAAUUUCAAGAUUCACCAUGCUGUUCUCUUAAUGUAUACUCUCCUCCUUUAGAAUUUAAAGACAAUCAAUGUAGAUAUAUUUGUUCACCUGUUUACACUAAUGAUUGUAUGAUUCGAGUUGAACAAUAUGCAGAUGAUUUUGUUAAGUCAUUGAUCAAUGACUCAUUGAAACACUUAGAUCCAUUGAGUGAUACUAGGCAAUUUAAGCAACAAAAAUUGUAUCAUAACUUAGGUAUUUAUUGGAAAACAAAUUAUCGCUUACCAAAUGGAUCAAACAAUUCCUUAUUAUCAACUAUCUCAUCAUCUCAUAAUUCCUUAUUUAAUAUAGUUUCUUCAGACGAUUCUAAUUUUAUAUCUUCUGCUGUUUCACAUGAUGCUCUUAAUAGCGAUACAUAUACAUUACCUAUUGAUAGUUCCCCAUUUAAUGUUGCUUUUCGGCGACCUUUAAGGAAAAAGAGGAAACUUCGAGAUCAGUGUCAUUCCAUACCUUUCAGUAAAAAAUCUGGAGAAAAAUGUGUCAGUGUUCAAGAGCCCAUACAUAUGACUGUUAAAGAUGUUCGAACAAUUCUUCACAAUAUCUAUAGCAAUACAACUGAGAGUAGUAAACCUCAAGUUAUUAAUGUACCAAAAUGUAGCAAUGUACAAAAUGCUCACAAUAAAGAAAAUGUCAAUAAACUAGCUUCGUCUACAUGUAAGAUCAGAAAACAUCCACUUCUGGUGAACAUAAAACAUAAAAAAUCCAAAGACAAUAGUACUUCAGAUGAUAAAAGUGGUCAUGGUUCUAGUCAUUCAACAAGAAAAAUUUUUUGUUCAUCACCAUUCAUCUCAUCUACAAAAUCAAAUUUUUCUUUUAGUUUAAAACAAACUUUUUGUAAUAUUUUUCGUUCACGUAAAAAUACAUCAAUAGAAUUGGAGCCGGGAUCAAAUCCAACAGAUACUGUAGUGCUUUUAGAUGUAACUAAAGAAACCACUUUUGAGAAACGGGCAUUGCCACCAGUGCCCAAUGAUGAUGGACAUAGGGAUACAUAUGAACGUGAAACUAGUAUGGAUUUUGCUACCAGCAUUGAAAAAGUUAAAGAUUAUGGAUGGUAUUGGGGUCCAAUAUCAGGGGAAGCUGCUGAAAAAAUACUGUCAAGUGAACCCGAUGGAUCGUUUAUUGUACGUGAUAGUAGUGAUGAUCAUUAUAUAUUUUCAUUGACAUUUAAGUUGAAUGGUUUUGUUAGACAUGUUAGAAUUGAACAUGAUCAAGGUAAUUUUAGCUUUGGUAGUUGUACUAAAUUCAAAAGUCAUACAAUUGUUGAGUUUGUUGAAAAUGCUGUAGAACAUUCUCGUAGUGGAAGAUAUUUGUUUUUUUUGCAUAGAAGGCCAAUUCUAGGACCAAUGAGGGUACAGUUACUUCAUCCAGUGUCUCGAUUUAAACAAAUUCAAAGCUUGCAGCAUAUGUGCAGGUUUGUCAUUUUGAAGAUGGUACGUCGAGAUUUGAUCCAUAAAUUGCCAUUACCCAGACGACUGAUUGAUUAUUUAAAUACCCCACAUUAUUAUUGUGAACAAUUGGGCAGCACUGAUAGUAGUAAAUCAUCUACUCCUACUCCAGCCGUACAUCUAAUAUCAUUUACACCACCUUAAAUUUAUUAAUUCUUCAUUAAAAAUAUACACAUUAAUGGUAAAUAAGACUUUCAAUGCAUAAAUUGAUUAUAUCUAGACCAAUAUAUAGAUCAAACUAAUAUUUAAUCUUAGUCAUAAGUAUUCUUCAAGAUUCAUCAAAAAUUGUAUGUCAUUUGUAAAUAAACCUAAAGAUUUCAAAUUAAUGUUAUCAAUAGAAAGAAUAAACCCCGGAAAUUUUUUAUUUUAUAAUCUGAAGUCAUUUUCAAUAUAACAUGUAAUGUAAAAGCAUAAGAGCUUAAACUAUUGUUGAUCAUCAUUUAUAGAAAAAACAUUUUCUAUACCAGAUAAAUGGUUGGUUUUAUUAUAAGACAUUUUAGUUUAGUUUAUACUGGA